AUGAAUUUCUUCCAAUCCGUCUUCUCCGACGAUCCAGACCCUUCCGAUCUGGAUGCAACCGAAGCUCAAAGCCCGCAAUCUCUUCCUCAAAACCCUGGUCCGAGCAUCCCAACCAUCACUUCCGCAUGGACCUUCGGUAGUAGCUUGAUGAAAACCCUAGCCUCCAAAUCCGAGUCCGUCAUUGAAACAUACCGCCGUGAUCUAGAGGAAUUCAGUUCCGGGAUCAAGAAAGAAACGGCCGUAAUCCGAGAAGCAGCCGCCAAAGCCGUAAAGGACCUGCCGACCUCACUCGAAGCUGGUGCUGGCUUGGCUCAGGAGUCGCUCGAGUCGGUCGGCCAAGCCAUCGACGACCUAGGUACUACCGUCACCGAAAUCAUAACUCAAGGUAAAGAUACGCUGCUGGCCGUUGAUUAUUCUGAUAGCGAUAGUGAUCUCACCGAUGCUAAUAUUAGUCAGAGAAUCACCAGUAGCGAGAAUCUGCGGUUUUCUAAACCUUAUAGUAGACUUGAUGCUCAAAUUUUAACGAUUCAAAGUGAUAUGAACACGUAUUUGAAUGAUCCUGAAGACCUUAUGGAAUAUAAUGAAUGGAAACUAGGGUUUAAAUUUGAUGAAAAGGUAGAGGAGAUUAAUGAUAUCAUGAAUGCAUACAAUGGGGUAGUUGGGGAGAUCUACAAAGAGAUUGUUCCCGCAAGAGUUGAUGAAGAUUCUUUCUGGAGUCGAUAUUUUUAUAGGGUUUAUAAGAUUAAGAAGACGGAAGAGGCGAGGGUUAAGCUUGUGAACAGAGCGAUUUCAGGGGAGGAAGAUGAAGACUUGAGUUGGGAUGUAGAUGAAGAUGAUUAUGAAGAAAACACAGAGUCUGGCUUGAAGGUUGAAGAGAAGGAAUCUGUAGAAAACUCACAAAUAGAAGAUGAUGAUGAUGAUGAGAAGAUAGGUGUUUCUGAAACAAAAACUGAAGAUCAAAAUGAAACAAAAACUGAGGAUCAAAAGGAAUCAAAAGCUGAUAGCAUGGAAGCCAAAUCUGAUGUGAAAACAGGAUCAGAGGGGAAGACAGAUAGAGAUAGUGAUAUUUCUAUUGUUUCUAGUCAACCAUCACCUGAAGAAGAUGGGUGGGAUGAGAUUGAAGAUAUAGGGAGCAGUGAUGAGAACAAGGAAAAGGUGGUCUCCCAUGGCAAUGCCAGCCCUGUUAGAGAGGAGUUGCGAAAACGAUUGAGCAUUGCUGAGGAAGAAGAAGAUCUUACAUGGGAUAUUGAAGACGAUGAUGAUGUGCCUGUUAAAGCAUAG